AGCACGGUAGAUGAAUAUUGUUAAAAAUUGCUUCCCGUCUCUAAAGUCACCACCAUAUACAUAUAUAUAACCACUCACAUGUUGAUCGCACUAUUUGAAAGGUCCAUAUAUCUGCAACCCUGAAGGGGGCCGGGGGAGAGUGUCUGUGAGUUAAACCAUGGGGAGGCCUCCUUGCUGUGAUAAAGUUGGCAUCAAGAAGGGUCCAUGGACGCCUGAGGAGGACAUCAUUCUUGUCUCUUACAUCCAAGAACAUGGCCCCGGAAAUUGGAGAUCAGUGCCUACCAACACUGGGUUAUUAAGAUGCAGCAAAAGUUGCAGGCUUAGAUGGACUAACUACCUCAGACCAGGAAUUAAACGAGGGAACUUCACUCCACAUGAAGAAGGGAUGAUAAUCCAUUUGCAAGCUUUAUUGGGUAACAAAUGGGCAGCCAUAGCUUCGUACCUCCCACAAAGAACAGACAAUGAUAUAAAAAACUAUUGGAAUACCCACCUGAAGAAGAAGCUGAAGAAAUUUCAAACAGCUCUAGAGCCCCACAUGGGAACCGAGUCAACAAGUACCACUCAGUUUGUAAGCAAAAGCUUUAACGAGAGAAGAAGCUCGGAUAUCAUCAACCCUUCCCCAUCUGCAUAUGCCUCAAGCACCGAGAACAUUUCACGACUCCUUGAAGGUUGGAUGAGAUCUUCCCCAAAGACUAACUCUAGUACUACUCAUCAGCUCAAAGACAAAAUACUUGAUCAACAAAACAGCAUGGGACAAGUCCAAGCUAGAGGCCACCAACCAAAAGCCGAGCAAGAGGGCGGUGAUUUGGUCUCUCAUGAAGAGUUUGACUCAAUUUUGUCUUUUGAAAACUUGAACAAUGCAGCGUGCACGUGGGACAAGUCCACCUGCGAUUCUAUGCCCGGGAAAGCUUCUCAAGCUGCUGCAAAUGAUGAGACGCCGGAGAAAAAUAAACCAACUUCUGACAACACUACUACUCCUCCGCUAUCAUUCCUUGAAAAGUGGCUCUUGGAUGAAAGUGCUAGCGCUGGUCAAGUAGAGGAGAUGAUGGAAUUGUCUCCAAUGUUCUAAUUAACAACAUCAUGAUCAUCAUGCUUCUUAAUUUAGAGUCGGAUAUAUGAUUUGAAAAACCAUCAUUAUAAAAAACAAGUGUUUGCUCUUUUC